GCGGAGGAGGGCGUGGCAGGUGGCGUUGGUGCUGGGGAACACUCUGUGGCACGUGGCGGCUUUCAUGGCUGUGCUGAUGUGGCGCGCUGACACCGACACGUGUGUGAAAAUGAAGGGGAAGAAGGGGAAGAAGGGAGGAGGUGCGGUGGUACAGCAGCCGGAUGGGGGGAGAGGAGGGGCGGAAGGUGGGGGAGGAAAUGGGGGGGGAGAGAAUGGGGGGAGGUUUGUGUUUGGAGUGAGCGGGCCGCUGUCCCUGAGUGACAUUUCGAGGGUCCGAAGAGCCUUUGGUGCAACCAUCAACGACGUCUCGGUGACGAUCAUCUCAGGCGGGCUGGACCGCUACCUGCAGCACCACCACGCCCAGGCUAAGGAGGCAGUGUCUCCAGGAGAGCCUGCCCCAGUCGUCACCUGCCCGCUGCCCCCCUCUGUUCGCCUCAGUGCGCUCUGCGUUGUCAACAUCCGCCCCACGCCUGGACUUCAGGAAAUGGCUUCGAUGCUCGCUGGUCGCUCCAAGGCGCGCUGGGGCAACUGCCUCAGCACGUUCCUGCUGCCCUUGCCCGUGCACUCGCCCUCGCUCACCAAAGGGCUGCCGAAUACGGAGGGGGCAAAUGUGAAGAACACUGACGAAAAUGCGGCAGGGGAGGUGGUGGGGCGGCUUAAGAGCAGCGAUGAGCAGGCAGCAGGGGAGGUGGAGGGGCGGCGGCUGUGCAUGGUGGCGGCCAUGUGUGCGUCCAAGCGUCAGUCGCUGGAGGCGCAUUACAACUAUGUCAAUGCACGCCUCGUGCUCGCCACUGCUGGCAUGAAGGCAGCGGGAGCGCUGAUGCACCGCCUGUUCCAGCAGACCACCAUUUCGUUUUCCAACAUGAUGGGGCCUGUGGAGGAGGUCAGCUUGGGCGGCCAUGCCAUCGCCCGCAUCAGCCCCACCGUUGUGGGGCAGCCGCAUGCGCUCACUCUGCAUUUCCAGACGUACAACGGCUCGGCGCACAUAGUGCUGUCAGCUCUGAAGGAGAAUGUGCCCGAUCCAGCCUUUCUCCUUCGCUGCUGUGAAGACGCCUUCCAUGCUCUCAAGGCAUCGUUGAAGUAGUGUGGGAGUGGGAGAGGGGUCACAUGAGAAUGGGAAAGAAUCUUCCACUUCUUACUCACCCCGUUGCUGAGUGAACUUGUGUCAUACGGCAUGCAGAAGACAUUUGUUAUGGACCAGGCCCCUAGAUAUCAGACUUUUAACGCUGAUUCAGCCUUUUUUCAGGGUUUUGGGAUAGGGUAAUGCUGAUUGGCUGGCCUUUUUUCAGAGGUGGAUGCUGAUUGAAAAGUUAUUUUUGUCAUACUUAUCUUAGUAUGUUGCAGUAGACUAUACAGGUUUGUGCCUUAGAGGGUUCAACUCACUAGCUUAUAUUACCUUGUACCCUCCUAUUCUAAUC